GUUUGAGUGGGAGAGGAGGCUGGACACCUGGUUUGGGGGCAAGAACAGAGGAGAUUUUGCCGUUUUAAGCCAAGAUAUGGAGCCUGUACCUGAAGGCAGUUUGAAAUCGUGAGGCUCCUGAGCGACGGCAGGACCAAGUUCAUGUUUUAGAAAGAAACUUCUCAGCAACAUUGUGGGUCCUGGUUUGAGGGAGACUAAUUGGCUAGAACAGGACCUGGACAGGAGCUGAGUGAGUAUGAAAAGGCGGGAGUGAGAGAGAAAUCCUCAGGAGGCCUUAGACCUGGUUACUCGGGGGGUGGGACCUGGAGAGAGGGGCAGCCAGUGCUGAGCCAGUGCUGGUUGGUGUAAGAACCCCCCUGGGCUGCUUGUUAGAAAUGAAGGUGGGGGGUUCCUCACCCUGGGAUCUCCAGCUGCUGGGGUCCCUCGUGUCUGGGACCGUAAGCGGGUCCCCAAGGGAUGCUGAGCCUGUGGACCUUGAUCUCACCGGGGGAGGCUGCUCGAGGUUCCCUAGGAAGUGUGAGUGGGUUAUUCCACAAAGAAUGUUGGGAGGAGAAGGAGCCAGUGAGGGGUCAGAAAGGAUGGAAGAGCUCCUACAGCCUUUUCGUGAAUUGCCUUAGGAGCUCAAGACUUUAGACAGCCGAAAGAAAUGCAAAUGUACCCCAAGGCUCUGAGAAAUGGAGCCCCCCCACAGGUGUGCCCCAUUGUAUGAAAAUCCGCUAUACAAAAACCUUGACUUCUGGAACAAGCUAUGUCAAGGAGAGAGAAUUAUUCCCAGUACCAGAGGUUUCAGAAUAAGAUCUUUUUAAGUAAUGAGCCAAUCUUUUGAACCAAAACAUACGAUUUGAUUUUCUCUGUAGAGGGCCUCUGUUGCGAAACUGAGGACAUUUGAACAAUUUACUGCUUAUGCUCCACAAGGUUAAAAAAAAAGUCCAUCUACUUGGUCAGCGGUAUUGAGUGCCUGUGGUUUUCAGAGCAACUCCUGGGUGAAUCCAGAGUGGUGUUUGCUCCAGAGCCUGGGGCCGCAGAUGAGGCUGGGGAGAGAGAGACCCAGGGCUCUCCUGUUCGAAAGACCUGCACAGGACAUGACCUGCUUCUGGCUGGGAGUACAGGACCGCCCAGAGAUGGUCACGAGAACAAAGAAAAUAUUUGUAGGUGGAUUAUCUGCGAACACGGUGGUGGAAGACGUGAAGCAAUAUUUCGAGCAGUUUGGCAAGGUGGAGGAUGCAAUGCUGAUGUUUGAUAAGACGACCAAUAGGCACAGAGGGUUUGGCUUUGUCACAUUUGAGAAUGAAGACGUUGUGGAGAAAGUCUGUGAGAUUCAUUUCCAUGAAAUCAAUAAUAAAAUGGUAGAAUGUAAGAAAGCUCAGCCGAAAGAAGUCAUGUUCCCACCUGGGACAAGAGGCCGGGCCCGGGGACUGCCUUACACCAUGGACGCGUUCAUGCUUGGCAUGGGGAUGCUGGGCUACCCCAACUUUGUGGCAACCUAUGGCCGCGGCUACCCCGGAUUUGCUCCUAGCUAUGGCUAUCAGUUCCCAGCCCUAUUACCAUAUUUAAAUGCAAGCUUCCCAGCAGCGGCAUACGGACCAGUGGCGGCAGCAGCGGUGGCGGCAGCAAGAGGAUCAGCUCAGACUACCGGGAAGCCACAUCUGAUUAACCCGACCUGGGCUGCCCCUUCCUUUGCUCUAGCUCCUCAGCAAGAUCUUGUGUCCUCAGUCUCCUUCCUGAUUGUCCUGAAUAGCUACAGUGCUCAACCGAAUUUUGGCGCGCCCGCUUCCCCGGCAGGCUCCAACCCGGCGCGGCCCGGAGGCUUCCCGGGGGCCAACAGCCCAGGACCUGUCGCCGAUCUCUACGGCCCUGCCAGCCAGGACUCCGGAGUGGGGAAUUACAUAAGUGCGGCCAGCCCACAGCCGGGCUCCGGCUUCGGCCACGGCAUAGCUGGACCUUUGAUUGCAACGGCCUUUACAAAUGGAUACCAUUGAGCAGGUGCUUUCGUUGCCAUCUCACUCUGAGAGCAUACCUGGAUGUCCAGGCAAGACUGGGCGAAGUUUCUGAGUGGCCCCUUGUUCAGGUGAUGUCAUCAGACCUGGACCCCCCACCAGCCUCACUCCCCAUCCCAACCAGAGAUGGCUCACUUCGGACAGAGGGUUGACUACAUCUCAUCAUCUCACAAAUCUGCUGUAAUAUAAGACAACAGCUUUUAAAUGUGUAUAUAACCCAUGGUUUUGGUUUUGUUUUGUUUUGUUUUUCUUGAUGGUUUCCCUUCCACCUCCUCUCUUCUCCCUCCUCCUUUUAAAUCUCUUUGAAUCACAUUUGGUAGUGAUUUUGACUUAGUCCAGUAGUCAUAUAGCUUUAAUAUCUAGUUAAAAGCUAACCAUAGUAUAAUUGUUAUAUUAAGGUAUUAUUUUUUUCGUAAAAAAAUUUUUUUUUGCUUGUUUUGAUUCUGUUCUCACUUUGAAAGGAUGCUGAGAUGGUAAUAUUACUCUCAAUAUUUUGGUACCGAUUCUGAGACUGUAUGAAAUUUCAGGUGGAGCUUGAGCACACACAGAAGGGACGUUGUGAGUGUGGAGCAGGAGGUGGGCGUAAACUUUCUACUUUGCGUUGUAUACCAAGUGAGAUGUAGUAGGCUAAUUAACAGACUUGAUAGCAGUUCUUUUUGUGACGUCUCUUUGUUAACCUAAGUAUAUCUAUUUUCGGCAAUAAGGUAAGGACGACAAUGUUUUCAGUGUCCUCCUUUUCUAUAAGUGCUUUUUUUCUGUUGAAAGAGGUGAUAUUAUAAGGUUUUUUGAAAUUGUGAAUUCUAAAAAAGAAAUGUUGUAAAUACAAUUCCAUUAACUACAUAGAAACUAUUAAGAAAGAGAGAAUCAAAAAUAUUUUUGUGAGGGAGUCGGUCCCAGGCAGUUUGAUGCUCUGUGGAAGGAGGGAAAGGAACAAUAAACCAAGUCAGUUACUGAGACGGAAGAGCACCCAGCUGCCGGGACGACCCCGGGAAAAGUUCGAACACUGUUCAGCUCCUUUUGUCUGUGUGAUAGACCUAAGAACUGUAUUCGUGUCAUACCAGCAUAUUAACCUCUCGUUUGUGCACAGCUUCAAAUGUUACCGUCUAGUUAGAUUUUUAUUUAAAAUAUGAAAAACUGCUUUUCCCAAGACGUUUUUUAAAAACAAAGCUACAAUUUUAAUAUUUAACAUAUUUAAAGUUUCAAAGCACACCUGUUUGGCUUGGGUGGGGAGGGGUGGGGGACAUACUUUUUCAGUCUUAAUUUUUAAAUAUAUGAUCAUUUUCUAUCGUCCAAUCAUUUCAGCACCUCCAAAGGUCCCUAGGACACUUUGCCUCUCUUCUCGCCCUGUCCCCCAUCCACCCCCAGCUCGGGGGGCCCACGGGCCAGGAGUGGAAAAGCCUGCAUUCAUGAAACUUUUUCUCCAUUCACUUUCUAUUUCCAAAUUAGGAAAGCAACCUUUUGGGUUAUAUAUUUUUUUUUAAUACCUCAGUGCUGCAAGUAUCACCAGAGAGGCUAUGGAAGAAUUUUUUUUUUAAUUUAUUAUAGAUGUAAACAGAAUUUUAAAAAUAAAAAGUAUAAACAUCGCUGCACUGUGACUGGUGGGAAAAACUGACAGUUUCCUCUUUGCACAUGUUUAACAUUUGGCUGUUAUAAUAUAUGGUCCUCGGUUGGGGAAAGAUACUUAUGAUGAAGGAUAUUUUUUAAUUUAACUUUUUUUUAAUAUUGGUAAUAGGUCGGCAACAGCGAUUAUAGAAAUACAGCUCAAUAGAUGGCAUUAAAACAUAUUGUAGUGUGGAGAUAUAUUUUUUCUUUUUUAAAAUGUGAUAUUGACGUUUUAUUAAUAUUUUUUAAAUUGUUACGUUUAUAAAUUUGGUACUUAAGGCACAGCCAGUAUGAGACACUGAAUGCGACAUUUAUUAUAAAGAGCUGCUGCACUCCUAUUUUUAUAAAUUUUACUAACAAAGUAGACUAAUGUAGACAUUCACAGACAUGGUAGGGCAAAAAUAUGUUCAAUCAAAAGGCUCCAAAAUGCUAACUCAGAAAGAAAGAAAAAAAGCCUUUUUCAAUUCUAAUUAAACAGCAACACAUUAAAAAAAAAAAAAUCAUGUUCUUUGUUUUUCCAAUAAAAUGUUAGGUUGUUUGGUGAGGGUUUUUUUGGUUUUUCUUUCUUUCUCUUUUAAUUUCCAAACAACCAGGUUAAAAGUAAAAUGCUGGGCGCUUUUAAAGUAUCAAAACUUGUUCAAGUAAAUAAAAUAACAAAAUAGAAGUUUUAUUUAAAAAAAAAAACAAAGAAAAAAAAAGAGACAAUAAAUUCCCAGAAAUUCAGUGUCUAGCCUAGGGAAUUUAAUUACUAUUUUGUCCAUGUUGGUGAUGUACUGUACGACCCUUCCUUUCUCUGCAUCCCCCAUCACCUCAUUGACUCCUUAUUGAUCACUGUCUGUUAAUAAUGUAUAAAAUGGCUAUCUUGUAAGCGUGCUGUCCUGGUACUAGUGUAGUGACUUUUUUUCUCCUCUUUCUUCUAGUACAUAUUGAUAGGUAUAACGUAAUUAAGGUUUAAAAAAACUAGACAUAGUUAUUCAGAUUUAGGACCAGUAAGGAUAGAACUUUCUCUUAUUUAUGAAAAAAAAUGUUAAUAAUUUUGGGGCAGUUUUUUCCUUUCAAUUUUUUUUUUUUCCAAUUUCAAGUUUUCAUUUUACUUUUGCUGAUCUGAUGUGGUUUCAACUAACCCAAGGUCUCACGAUGUUCAAAUGCCGGCAGACUCUACGGCGUUUUGUAGAUUCCCACCCCCCCCCAACUGUGAAGGGGUGUGCCAUACUACCUUAAAUGCUAAUGCUAGAUAUGCAAAACUGGAUUUUUUUAAUUUAUUUUUUAAAAGAGGGAGGCAUGGUAUAUUAAAAUGAUUUUACUAAGAGAAAAAAAAUAUUUUUUUAAGAAUGCUCAGAAGAAAUUGAUAAUCUGUGUGAAUAUGUUUUAGAUGUUUAUAAUACCUUUUGAAGAGACCCAGUAGCCCAUAGCACAAAUCUCGUGGAAAUCUGAUAUGUUUUAAUGUGGCUACCUAGGUUAAGGUUCACGUUAGUCCCCCCACUCAUCUAGAAGUCCAUUUUGAAAGAUUUUUGUAAAUUAUUUUAGCACUGAUGUUCAGCCUUGUCUUUGUUUCGGUUAAGCUCAGUGGCGAAUUUGGGAACCACCUUCCGCCUUCCCUGGGGGAGAAACCCUCUUGGCUGAUGGCUUUUCCCGGAAUCAUAAAAUAGCCACCGGGUGACUUUCUGGUUUCCAGAUCCAUCUGCCUGGGACCCCCAAACUCCUCUCCUCCCCAGCAGAGGAGAGAGAGUGGCAUUAGCUCCUGGCCCCCUCCCUGGUUCUUCCCGGACGUGGCGCUGAUGGGGACGACCAGGCUUUUGGUCCCUCCUCUCCAGGAGCUUUCAGACCUACUUUGUGGCCUUCCUUACACCCACUGGGAAAAGCAAACAGCCUCGUGUUCCAUCCCAGUCGCUCACGGGCUUGAUGCCAACAAAGCCCCAACAGGCCUUUGCGUUUCUAUCCUUCAUCACCUUCAUCUUAAUUUGAACUCGUAGCUUGGACUUUAAGGUAGCAUGGCUCUAUUGCUGUCAAUUUAAUGUUUCACUGCACAGCAAUUCACAGCCAGUGAAUGUUACACACAUCUUGCUAGACUAGUAUAAAAAUCAUUGGGUAAUUGUUGGUUCUAAUGACCUGAAAGGUGUUCAGUUUUUGUUUUGGUUUUUUUGGGGUUUUCUUUUUUUUUUUUUUUUUUUUGGUUCUUUUUCAUUUGGGGAUUUUGGAAAAAAAAAAAUGAUUUUGAUUUCAAAUAGAAAAACAAAACUUAUUUUGAUCUUUAGUGCAAACGAGGGCUAGGGACUUAGCCACCACCACAACACUGCUUCAUUCUGCCAUUCACUCACUGCAGCAUAAUCAAGAAUAAAGCAAUAUAGUUUACUACAUUUUUUAUUGAAGGUCAGCCAUGCUUUCUGUAUUAUAUUGCAUAUGAAAUUGUUUACAAAAGAAACACUAACUCAUACUUCUCUUUAUCGGUUGGGAGUGGCACGCAGGGACAGAGGGAGACUGGGGGUGGGUGGGGGAGGGGAGAAUUUUUUUUUUCUUGAAUGUGCUUCACAAGCCAGGCUAUCUUCCAAGGAAGGCAUAAGCAAGAGGGGGCCGCGGGGGGAGCAGAGGGACAGGUGCAAGCGAGCACCUUGAAGAGAGACACUGGUGGGCUCCCCCGCCUUCACCCUCAGCGAAAAAGAAGCAGAAGUGAGCUCAGCCCAGUCUUGGGCACAGACACUACACAAGGAGACGCUAUACGUUAAGCAAUACUUUAAUAAUGUAAUGUGUUUGUUUUCUUUUUCUUUCUCUUUUUUUUUUUACCAAAAAAAUAAAUAAACUAAAACACAAAAAAAAUAGAACUGAAACCCACCCCUCUGGGGAAGCAAACUUAAUCCAAAUACUUGGCUAUCAAAUAAUCAGAAUGUAUUGUCUCGGACAGGAUUUCAUUUCCGGGAGGCAGGGGCGUCCAGAGGGGGAUGGGGACUGAGAGGAAGAAGUCGCAGAGCCCCCAGAAGGCUCUCUGCUACUGUAUUCUGUACAUACUGUACCAUCCUGUGUGGAAUCUGUGAGUGUCCUUGAGUAGCGUGGGCUAGCCAAUCUGCCGUUCAUGGUGUCUUGUAAACUCGGAAUUCCAUAUGUAAUAGGAUGCAAGUCUAAACGUUUCACGUGGACAUAAAUGUAUCUAAAUGAAACUUUCCCUAGCACUGUGGCUGACCUCACCCUUACUUUUAUACUUUAGUAUGAAACUGAUGACAACUUUGGUAGUGAGUAUUUUUUUUAUAUAUAUACAUAUAUAUGUAUCUAUAUAUAUAUAUAUCUCAAGCAUCUUUCAGGUCUUUGUGUGUGGCUUUCUUAAAGCCCUGUUGUAAAAAAUUACUAUGUGGAUGGCAGUCUCUCACAUCACAGAUGUGGAAAGUAUAAUUUUAUAUUUGUAUUUUCAGAUAAAUAAGUUUGUGAAAGGUUUCCAUCCUCUACUGUGGUCCAGAAAUCAAUGUGUUUGUCUGACAAAAAAAAAAUAAAAUAAAAUAAACUGUUUUGAACAGA